CUUCCUUCCUUGUGCAGUUGUGCGGGUUGGCCGGCCCGCCCGUGGAUCGUCUUCCAACCGGGCGCGAGUCGGAGUCGCGACCGCGACCGCGACCUCACCCACCGUUUCUCGAUCGUUUCUCUCCCUCCUCCUCCCGCGAUCCGGUCUUCUUCCUCCUCCCCGUCGUGCUCGCCGCCCACGACUCCUCCUCCUCCUCCACCACCACCCCUCCACGACGCGGCGGGCGGCGAGCGCGCGCCUCGUCUCACCCUCACGCCUCCCACGCCUUGGAACCCAAUUGGAGAUAGAAGAGGGGAGCGCGAGGUCAAACCAGGGGAAUCGGAAUCGGAAUCGGAAUCCGCGACGAGACGACCCUACCCCCGCGCUCCGGCGACCGACCGGCGGCGAUGGAGGGCGGAAACCACGGUGGGGGAGGGUACCCCUACCCGCCGCCGCAGCAGUAUCCUUACCCGUACGGGCAGUACCCAUACCAGUAUCCUCCACCGCAGCAGCAGCCGCCGCCGCCCUCCGCCUACCUCUCGCCGUCCCGUUCGUUCCACGGUUACCCCUCCGCGCCGCCGCCGCAGCCGCAGCCGCAGCCGUACGCGCACCAUUCCGCCCCGCUCCAGCCUUACCCGCCGCCGCCGCAGCACCAUGCCUACCCGCCGCCGCAGCCGCAUCCGCCCUCGCCGUACGUCUACGACCCUUACCACGCGCCCGCCGCGGCGUACCCUUCCUACCCGAGCCCCAACCCCAGCCCGUCCAUCUCCCCGAGCUCCAGCUUCCACCACCACCCUGAACCGCCAUCGCCAUCGCCCUCCGCGCCGUCGUACCCCUCCAUUGCGGAUGGGCUCGCCAACAUGCACGUCUCCGACCGCCACGACUACCCGCCGCCGCCGUCGCCGGCGGCCGUGCCCGCGGCGUCGUCCCCCUCCGUGCUCCCGCCUUCCGCGUCGUUCCCCGGCGGCGGGAGCAGCCACGGCGGUGGCGGGAUGCAGAUGGUGCCGUACGGCCCUCCUGCCGGAGGGUCGCAGCACGGUGGGAUGCAGAUGGUGGCGUACGGCUCGCCGGCCGGAGGGUCGCAGCACGGCAGCGUGAGGCCAUCCCUGAAGGUGGUGCUGCUCCACGGCACCCUCGACGUCUGGGUGUACGACGCUCGGAACCUCCCGAACAAGGAUCUCUUCUCCAAGAGGGUCGGCGACCUCCUCGGUCCGCGCCUCAUCGGCGCCGUCGGCAGCAAAAUGUCCAGCGCCAACAUGACCAGCGACCCCUAUGUUACCAUCCAGGUCUCCUAUGCCACCGUCGCGCGCACCUACGUCGUUCCCAACAAUGAGAACCCCGUUUGGACGCAGAAUUUCCUUGUCCCUGUUGGGCAUGAUGCCGCCGAGGUCGAGUUCGUUGUCAAGGACAAUGAUGUCUUCGGUGCUCAGCUCAUAGGCACAGUGUCGAUUCCUGCUGAGAAGCUCCUUUUUGGAGAAAGGAUUAACGGCAUCUACGAUGUGCUUGAGUCCAAUGGGAAGCCAUGCGCUCAAGGUGCUGUGUUGCGGCUGUCCAUACAGUACAUCCCGGUGGCUCAGCUCAAAAUGUAUCACCAUGGUGUCAUUGCCGGCCCAGAUAGCCUGGGAGUUCCUAAUACUUACUUCCCGAUGCGGCGUGGCAAUAGAGUGACACUGUAUCAGGACGCACAUGUGCCUGAUGGUUGUCUCCCGGAUUUCUGUCUUGAUCACGGAAUGCGCUAUCAGCACGGGCAGUGUUGGCGUGAUAUCUACGAUGCUAUAUGCCAAGCACGGCGGUUGAUUUACAUUGUGGGAUGGUCAGUGUUCCACACAAUCCACCUCAUCAGGGAAGGAGUUGAGAAGAUGCCAUCACUUGGGGAACUGUUGAAGAUGAAGUCACAGGAAGGGGUGAGGGUGUUGCUUCUUGUGUGGGACGAUCCAACAUCAAGGAGUAUUCUUGGAAUUAAGACGGAUGGUUUCAUGGGCACACGAGAUGAGGAGACCCGCAGAUUUUUCAAGCACUCUUCAGUUCAAGUAUUGCUUUGCCCACGAUCUGCUGGGAAACGGCACAGCUGGGUGAAACAGCAGGAAACAGGAACCAUUUUUACUCAUCAUCAGAAAACAGUUAUUUUGGAUGCUGAUGCUGGCAAUCAUAAGAGGAAAAUAAUUGCUUUUGUUGGUGGCCUCGAUUUAUGCGGUGGGCGAUAUGAUACACCUAGCCAUCCUCUAUUUAGGUCUCUUCAGACUGUGCACAAGGAGGAUUAUUACAAUCCAAAUUUUGCUACAGUUGAUGCUCGUGGCCCAAGGGAACCAUGGCACGACUUGCAUUCCAAGAUUGAUGGUCCAGCGGCAUAUGAUGUUUUGCAAAAUUUUCAGGAGCGUUGGUUAAAGGCAUCCAAACGCCAUGGGAUUAAAAAGUUAGGAAAAUCAUAUGAUGAUGCCCUCCUCAGUAUUGAAAGAAUACCUGAUUUUAUAAGCAUUAAUGACGCAAUAUAUUUUAGUGACAAUGAUCCAGAGACGUGGCAUGUUCAGGUGUUUCGUUCUAUUGAUUCAAAUUCUGCCAAAGGAUUUCCAAAGGAUCCACGGGAAGCAACCCGCAAGAAUCUUGUUUGUGGGAAGAAUGUACUGAUUGAUAUGAGCAUACAUACUGCAUAUGUCAAUGCUAUUCGUGGAGCGCAGCACUUCAUUUAUAUUGAGAACCAGUAUUUCAUUGGAUCUUCGUUUAAUUGGGAUUCAAACAAAGAUAUUGGGGCUAAUAAUUUAAUACCAAUCGAAAUUGCUCUCAAAAUUGCAAACAAGAUAAAGGCAAAAGAGAGAUUCUCUGCAUAUAUAGUAAUUCCCAUGUGGCCUGAGGGUAAUCCAACAGGUGCUCCUACACAAAGAAUUCUUUACUGGCAGCACAAGACAAUGCAAAUGAUGUACGAAACAAUAUAUAGGGCCCUGAAAGAAGAGGGUCUAGAUGAUCUAUAUGAGCCUCAGGAUUAUCUGAACUUCUUUUGUCUUGGCAAUCGUGAAGUUGCUGACAGUCCAAGCACUUCAAACUCAACAAGCACUCCUCAGGAACAAGCUAGGAAACAUAGAAGAUUCAUGGUAUAUGUACAUUCAAAAGGCAUGAUUGUGGAUGAUGAAUAUGUGAUAAUUGGAUCAGCUAAUAUCAAUCAGAGGUCCAUGGAAGGUAUCAGAGAUACUGAGAUUGCGAUGGGUGCGUAUCAGCCACAGUAUACAUGGGCAAGUAAGGUUUCUGCACCCCGUGGACAGAUUUAUGGGUACAGAAUGUCUCUUUGGGCGGAGCAUAUUGGAGUGGUUGAGGAAGGCUUCAACUAUCCAGAGACCAUGGAAUGCAUGAGACGAGUUCGCCAAAUCGGUGAACAGAACUGGGAACGAUUUGUUGAUAAUGAGGUGACUGAGAUGAGAGGCCACCUAAUGAAGUACCCUGUAAGUGUUGACCGUAAGGGCAAGGUGAAACCCUUGCCAGGAUGUACGUCAUUCCCAGACAUGGGUGGUAACAUCUGUGGAUCAUUCCGAGCCAUCCAAGAAAACCUCACAAUAUGAAUUUCGAUUAUCUGUAAGUAUACAAUUGCUAGUGAUUCUGAGCUAUUCUGCUUCCUGAGGUUAUAGAUAGCGUGAAAAUUUUGCUAGCAAUAUAGGUUGAAACCAAGUAGGACAUGACAAGAAAAGGUUAUUACCCUGCAUUUUUUAUGCCUUUCUUAAGAGAAUUCAACAUUUCCAUCUUAAUAGGUUUUCUUUUUAUGUAUACUUUUUAUCAAUGUAUAGAAGAUUAAGAAUGUUUGAAAGCCCGGAACCCUCUGUUUAGGGAACAUGGCUUUGGUAGCAACUUUGAUUGAUUUAAGUAUGUAGCGACAUGUAAAGCCAUUAAAAUAAGUUUCUAGUGUAAUUAUUUUCAGCCUUGAUUUGCUGGUUCCAUUUUCUAAGUGUCAA